AUGAGCUACCUGCCCAUCGUCCUCAAAGGGGCCGGCGUCUUCGCCAUGGUCAUGGGCACAUUAAACACAAUCAUUCCCACCCGGAUGAUUUCGAAUACCAGCAAGGACGUCUACAGUCCACAGACGCCGGCACAGAUACUCGCGGACAGUCAUCUGCGGUAUUGGGCGGGAGUUUGGGCCAGUACAGGCGCGAUCUUCUGGUGGGCAUCCAACGACUUGGCUGCUCGUCGAGUGCCCGUGGAGCUGGUCGGAUGGGGAUAUGUGUUUGGUGGUAUCGGUAGGGUGAUCUCAGGCAUGAAGUAUGGUUACAAGCCUGAAGGAUUGGUGAAGACGAUUACUGCUAUCGAGAUUGUUGCGCCGAUUGCUAUUUGGUGCUUGUUGCCCUGA